UGACGCUAGAAGAAUGCAUCGCAGCUCUGCCGAGGAUCGAAAAAGGUGUUCUUCGUGACAGUAUGUAGGCUUUAUUCCUUGCUGUAACAUUGAACAUAGUGGUUGAGACAUUUAUUGGCUCAUUUCAACCCAUUUUCUCGAUUGGUUUAGUUUUUAGUCCGUUACCUGGUUGUCCAGAGCCUUUUUCUUUAGAUCUUACAAAUGAAUAUCAGCGCUUCACAAUGCCAUUAUUGGCUUCACAGCCUUCUGGAUCGUCGACGUUAUCACCGAAUCCAGCACAAAGGCCAAGGGAGCAACCAGCACAGCCACAACAGCAGCGUCAACAACAACCAUCUCAGCAGCAGAAAUUGAGCGAUGGGCGUUUUAAUUGCUCCGUCUGCAAAAAGUCAUUUGGCUCUGAAGCCACUUGGAAUAAUCAUCAAAUGAGCUCCAAGCAUCUCACUGCUGUUAAGGAAGCUGAAAAAAAAGCUAAAGGAGUCAGAUCAAAAGGCACCUCAUCAGGAUCAAAGACCGCUGCAUCUGAAUCCAAAAAGUCCAAUGGUGAAGAAAAAGAGAAGGAGGAGCAGGAUCCACCCGAAGUUGCGGAGGCAAUAGCAUCAUUUCAUAAAGUCAGCAAGAUCUCAAAGGAGAAUCCUGGCAUGGCUUCAUCAGUCCUAUGGAAGAUCGCUAAAGCUUUAUGGUCCUUUCGCCGGAGCCAAGAAACUGCAAAAGUCCUGUCUCUUUUAAUACAAAUCCUUACCAACCUUCAGGAUGAGCAGCCAAUAUCGGCAAUAGCACAGCCAUCACAACCAACAGCAGGAUCGCUCACAGCCACCCAAAUCAAUAUGACUCUAUACCUUUCGCGGCUCGCCAUGGCCCGUUUAACUGUUUAUCAUUCACCAUCACUUGCAAUGGGGUUCUAUCUCGAUGCCAUUCAAGGACGAUGGGAGAUCAAAUUUAUGGACUUUCAAGCCAUUCUCGAAAUGGUCCAUACAUGCUCUGUCUCUCAAUUAUUAGAGCAUUGUAAGCGCUUCCUCUCAAGGCAUCCAAAGACGGAAAAGCUUAUGAAAUCCACUUCUAAUGCUACUGCACCCGCAUCCACGUCUGCACCUGAUGAAUCUGUCGUUGUCAAGAAGCCAUCAGAUCCCAAUCUCAAAUUACUCAUUAUCCUCCUUGAAAGCGCCUCUAUGAUUUCACAGCUAAGUAGAGGUACACUAUCCAAGCAAUCACCUUCAUUAGUAUCCCAUUACCAAAUUCAAACUCAAUCGCCAUUAUUAUCAGCUGCUUUACCGCUAUCACAGGACGAUCGAGUUCGAGCGGAGACAGCAUUGGUGUUAUUCGCCAUGGCUACAGUUUUGGCGAGAGCGUCAGGACAUCCGGACACACAUCCUCUUGGCAUCAUUGAUAAUGGCGAGAGCCAAAAGCAAAUGGAUAUUUUGAGGCGUAUGAUGAUUGUGUAUAAACAUUUGGGGAUGGCAUCCUCAUCUGCUGCAUGUUUGAUUCGCAUAGGCGAGUUGUGCCUUAUGAUAGAAGAGCAACAACGGAGGAAUGGCAAUGGCAAUGAUAAAGUCAGGAAUGCUAAUGAUGAUAAUGGGAGACUCUUAUGGGAUCUUUUGCAAGCAUUGCUUUUUGCUAUGGAGAUGGGUGACUUUGUACGGAUGCGAGAUGCAGUUAGGCUAUUGAGUCGUUGUCGAGGAGCGUUUUUGUAUCUAGAUGUUGAAACUAUUGUAAAGACUGCUCAAGCGGUCAUUACUCAAGAUAAUGAUUAUCUCCAAAGCAGUGCUUCCUAUGUUCUUGAGCACCUAUUGCUGCAUAUUCAAGAAGAGGAGGAGCAGGGAGAGGACAGGGCGAGGUCUAGGUUGCUGCUACGUCAACAUGGAUCGACAGCAGCAAGCAUAGGCAGUCUCAAAAAGAUCAAGCAUUUAAUAGUGUGAAACAUGAU